AUGCCAGCGCCUCUGGAGACCUGCCUGUCCGACCUCGACUGCGCCAGCAGCAGCGGUGGCAGCGGCGGCCACCUGUCCGGUUUCCUCACCGACGAGGACGACUGUGCCAGGCUCCAGCCGCCGGUCUCGGCCUCGGGGCCGCCCGCGCCGGCCCGCAGGAGCGUGCCUGGGGUCUCCGGGGCGCCGGGCGUUGCGGACGCGCAGGACCAUGAGCAGGAGCGGCGGCGGCGCCGUGGCCGCGCGCGCGUGCGUUCCGAGGCGCUGCUGCACUCGCUGCGCAGGAGCCGGCGGGUCAAGGCCAACGACCGCGAGCGCAACCGCAUGCACAACCUGAACGCGGCGCUGGACGCGCUGCGCAGUGUGCUGCCCUCCUUCCCCGACGACACCAAGCUCACCAAGAUCGAGACGCUACGCUUCGCCUACAACUACAUCUGGGCCCUGGCCGAGACCCUGCGCCUGGCGGAUCAAGGGCUGUCCGGGGGCGGCGCCCGGGAGCGUCUCCUGUCGCCGCAGUGCGCCCCCUGCCUGCCCGGGCCCCCGAGCCCGGCCAGCGACGCCGAGUCCUGGGGUUCCGCGCCCGCCGCCUCCCCCUGCGCAGCCGCCGCCUCGCCACUGUCCGACCCCAGCAGCCCGGCCACCUCCGACGACUUCGCCUACGGCCCUGGCGACCCCCUCUUCUCCUUCCCCAGCCUGCCCAAGGACUUCCUCCACACAACGCCCUGCUUCAUCCCUUACCAUUAA